ACCAAUGACAGUGACUGUAGAUAUGCCAGGAUACACCGGCAAGCGAUCCGAACCUCACCGGAUGACCAUCAUGCAGUAUGGGGACCUCAGCCAAGGGUGCAAGAAUACCGGCCCCAUUUACGAUCCGGACGAGUUUCAUGUUGGAGUGGACCACAUGAAAAAGCAUCAGAGACGAGCAAAAGCAAAGCAACCUGCUGGUUACCUAGGAUCUUACCCCGGGCUUAAUGGCAAACCAUAUACGUUUGAAACCACAAAUGGUGCCCAGUUGAAUGGUGACAGUUCUGUCAUAGGUCAUGCCUUAAUGAUAUUUGGGGGAUCUAGUCCAGAUCCUAUUGGUUGUUGCGUCAUAGGAUAUUCACCUGGCCAUAAUGGUGGACGAGACUUAGGGCCAGCUGCACAGCCACAACCAAAACGAGGGCCAUUCGAUAUUAUGAAUCACCGCCCACUAACCAGUGGAGGUAUAUUUGGAGACCACCCCUUUUUCUCAGAGCAAGAUAAAGGCGUGUCAUUCGGCGGUCGAAAUAGUCCUAAAAAACACACUGGAAUAUUUGACCUUAGUUUCAGCGACUUUAGCAACCUUGGGAGCCAUCCAUUCCAGAAGACAGACUUUGGCGGUAUUCUUUCUCCCUCGCUCCGGCACUUGGACCAGCCGCCUGCUCCUCCUCAGUUCCCUGGAAGAAAAGGAUUCCUUGAAAGAUCUCCGCUGUUUGGUAACGUACAACCACACACUAAGAGUAGUGCCAACGCAGCUUUCGGAGCUGGCUUUAACAGUAUACCUAGUUUUAGCGCCGAGGAGAAAUAUAUCCCCACCGAUGGGGAAGAGACGCCUGCACCGGGUUCCAGUGAUGACCAAGGCAACCAUCAUGAUCAACAACCACAUCAAGGACAGGGACAGGGACAAGGGCAGGGUUACCAAGACAACAACCCUCAGGGUGGUCAUUAUCAAGGGGAUAGGCCGUCGUCAGGCGACGGUGGUUACAGAAGUGCCCCUGAAGCUAGCAGGGAUCAUGGACGAAACCCCAGUGGUGCAGCUCCAGAAUACUAUGACAAACAAGGAGACAAUAAUCAUGGAACCGAAGGCAGUACUGGUUAUCGUGGAGAUGACAGCCAUGGUGCUGCUGCUGCCGAUGGUUAUCGUCCCACUGCAGGACACCAGGGUAGUGGACCUUCAGACUACCAAAAUAGAGCACCCCAUGGUGAUACAGCUAAGCACCCUAGUGCUGCCUCUAGCUACCAAGGUGAUGGUAGUGCAAAUGGCUACCAUGGUGAUGUUGUUAGACCUGGUUAUCCUGGUGAAGGUAGUAAAACUGGUUACCAAGGGGAUGGUGGCAGAACUGGCUAUCAAGGAGACAGUAGUGGACCUAGACAUGGAUAUCAAGAUGGUCCUCACCAGGCUCCGACCGUGACGGAUUACAAACCCAUCGAAGAUAAUAAAGUAUAUGCGGGAGGUGAUCAUAAGAGCGCGCCUGGUAUUGGGGAUGUCCUGGCUACAGCGCAUUCUGGGAAUCACCUUCCCCUGAAGACUCCAGUCAAUUCAUACCCAACUCAUGAUGCUCCCGUUCAGUUAGCUGAGGCGCCAGUAGCACAUCCUGAUUCAUAUCCUCCAACCUCGGGCCAUGAUUCAAUUCCGGUAGGACCAAACGUAGGCUCAAACGUGGACUCGACACCCAUCCAAGGGAAUUCUGACCCAUACAUACCAGUACAUGAUGCAACAGCUACUUCAAACUCGCCCCCGGACCCAUACAUACCAGUUCAUGAUGCAACAGCUAUUUCAAACUCGCCCUCCUCGGACACUUCUGCUUAUACUCCUUUCCAGCACUCGUUCACUCCUAGUCCACCACAGUACGACACACCACCUCAGUACAACACUGCAGCACCGGCAGCUGUACCCAACCCAGGUACCAUCCCAGCUUGAAACAAAGAAGCAACAACAGUGUGCAAUAACAGUAAUUAUUCGACUGCAGAACGUCACCAGCAAACAUCUUGGGUGAAUUGUCGAUUUGAAUUAAACUUAUUUUUAUUA